CCGUCUGCUGCUCGCUGACGUCAUUAGUUAUUUUAAUUUACUUCUUCUCACAAAUCGUGUCGGAUUUAUUAAAUUCAGGCGGAAACAAGUCUCCGUUAGCAAUCGUAAAUCAAUUACUCUCCCAAAAUGGCAUCAGCACCCGAUACCAAAGCGGCAGAGGCUGAUAACGUCGGCGAGGCUUCUGGUUUUGUGAGCGAUAUUUUCAAAAUUUGUAGUCCUGUGAAUUUGUUGUUGACUGCUAUUAUUUUCUUUUUGGCGUACAAAAUAUACAGUAAAUUUACAAAGUCGUCUACCGACUCGAGUGUGGUGGAGCUUCCGAAGUUACGGAAGGAUAUGACAGUGUCUGAGUUGCGGCAAUACGAUGGAACUCAGCCAGACGGCAGAGUGCUAGUGGCGGUGAAUGGGUGGAUAUUCGACGCGACGAGGGGACGCCGCUUCUACGGACCCGGAGGCCCAUAUGCAGCAUUUGGCGGCAAAGAUGCUUCACGGGGUCUGGCCACCUUCUGUGUCACUUCGUCAGAUAAGGAGUAUGAUGACCUGAGCGAUCUCAACUCCAUGGAAAUGGAAUCUGUAAAGGAGUGGGAGGCACAGUUUAGAGAAAAGUACGACCUCGUGGGGCGUCUGUUGAAGCCUGGCGAGGAGCCCACAAACUACUCGGAUGAGGAGCCCGAAGACACCGACCACUCCAGCGGCACGCCCUCCGACAAGAAGCAAGACUAGGCCCCGCCCACCGAGGCUGCAUUCGUCCGUACCUUCCACUUGCCUUAACCAAUCUGAAUUUGAUAAACCGACUUCACAUUUGAUACCUGGCCCUUUGGAUAACCAGGAGCGUAGCGCCGUAUAAAUGAAACGUUUACCUGUAAAGGUAAACAACAAAAAUUAACGUCAUUUAGGGCCCAUCUAAGGUACGCUACAGCACUAUAAAUCGAUUCAUCCACGAAGACGCGCCCCACUAAUUUUUGGUCGAGGGAAGCGCGGGGUGCGGGGAGUUUGAUCCGAGCAAUCUGAGCGUCAUUAUUGUAGUGUGCGUGUGCAUUCAUGGAUAAUUUAGCGUGUACCGAUAACACUAAAAAAUUUGCGGAAGAUUGGUGGGGCGUCUUCGUGGAUGAAACGAUCAUAUAAAAAUAGUACGUAGGUAACAGUUUAAAUGACGAAAUCGCUUCGCUUCGGUUUUUUGACGUGUCAUUUUGCUACGUAAGCGAUUUCAAAAUAAAAACUGUCUCAAAUGUUACUUUGUCUACGGGGCCUGAAACUUUUAGAUCAAAAUUCGUAUGUGGUUUGACCACUAGAGGAUUCUUUCAGACGAAUCUCUCUUUUUUCUUGUUACGGGACAUGGAUAGAAAUGAGCAAUCUGGCUAGAUUUUAACACAUGAAAAGUAAUUAAGUCGUAUUCCAUAAUUUGCCGAUAAAGUUCCUGAUUUAUAUUAAUAUUCCUUUGUGCAAAGGACCUAUUACGGUUCUUUGAUAUUUCUCUCCCGCUUUGAUACUUUAAUGUCUCCCAAUGGGCAAUAAAUUCAUAGCGAUGUCCGUGAGCGCGUAUAUUUUAUGAAACAAUGUGUAAUAAUGUUCAAUUCAACACACUGAAAAAUCUUAACGUAUUUCUGGUGUCAUGGCUGCGAGAGUACUUACGUAAAACUUGUAAAAAUAUUCAUAUUCAUAUUCAUUUAUUUAUUGCAUCACAUAUGUAUGUAUGUACAGUAAGGUCUUAUAAAAUAUGUAAGGUAAACAUAUGGGCCCUGCAAGGGCAUUGCAAUUUUACUGGUAUUUACAAUAGCAAUCAAAUAAAUUAUAGAUGUCUUAUAUAAUUAUAUAAUAUAUCGCGCUUUCAACCUAUUGUUCACAUAUUAUUGUCUUUAGCAGGUAAAAAGAGAUGGUAUUUUUACAUAAAUCUGUAUUAGUGCCGAUAUAAAUUAUAGAAUGUCAAAUGCCUAUGAGAAUUUCAAUUUUAUUUUGUAGGUUUGCUCUCAACGAAGAUA